GAAGCGGGGACUUCUCCUUUCAUGACAUGAAUGUCAGAGACUCCGGGCUCAAGGUGACUAAGAGAUGUCUGAGCCCAGUGGGUGGAGUGAGCGCUUAAAUACCAGGCCUGCCUGUCUUCUGGCCAUCUGGCACCCUGACUGGGACAGCUCAGCAUGGCCGGCCUACAGGCUCCACUCCUGGCCGGCCUCGUCUUCCUUUCGGUGAUGCUUCAGGCAACCAACGCAGGGCCGUAUGGCGCCAAUGUGGAGGACAGCAUCUGCUGCCGGGACUUCGUCCGCCACCCCCUGCCGCUUCGCGUGGUGAAGGACUUCUACUGGACCUCGGGCUCCUGCCGUAGGACUGGCAUCGUCUUACAAACCGUCAAGGACCGGGAGAUCUGUGCCAACCCCAAACUGCCCUGGGUAAAGAAGAUUCUCCAGAAGCUGAGCUCAUGAGGAAGCACCAUGAUGACCAUGCCCUGGCUUCUCCAGGAAGGCUCGCCAAGCCCUACCUCUCUCUCAUUACAGCUGCUCCCCACAGAAGCCUGUGCCAGCAACUCUCUCUGAGCCCUAUUGUCUCUGUCCCUGCAGCUUUUGGCCUCUACAGGGCUUCCUCCCAGCCCCUCCUCUGUCCCACUGCACCCAGGGUUCACGUCUUGUUCAGCCACUUCCUGACUCCCAUUGCUCUAGAAGAGAUCAGACCCUUCCCCUGGCCCUGACCCUCCACAUCUGGGUGCCCUCCUUGUGCCCAGCCUGGCUCCCCUUCCCUUCCUGCAUGUUGGCCUCCAGGUUCCCAUUCUCCAAACCAACGCUACCCAUUUCUACUUUGGGGUUUUCCCAGGGCUGUUCUUGCUACCUGCACGUGGCCAGGUCCCUUGCACUUCCAGGGUUUGCUCAGCCCAACUAAUCAAGACAUUUUCUAGACUUCCCUGGCCUUCAGCCUACUCAUAUCAGGCCUGACCACAGUCUGCUCAGAAUUUUCAGGCUUUAAGGGCCCGCCCUCCAGCCCCACUUUUCAGACCCAGGUCCCCAUCUUUGUUACUCUUCUCUCCUGGCCUCCAGUGUAGAGCACGGAGCACAGGCCUGGCUCAGGAUCAGGGAGCUCUGCAAGGGGCUACAGACUGAAUCAAUAAAAGUAACGUGUCCUCCUCCAAAAGAAAGAAAAAAACACCUUAUUUCUCAAUAGAGAGACCCAUCUCACUAGAAAGGAGAAGCUGGGUCAGUUGUGAAUUCCCAUUUUGCCCAGAGUCACCCGUCUUCCCCAUUUUAACUAUGCAUUGUUUGCUUUUGCUUUUUUUUUUUUCUUCCCUCAGAAUGUAUUGGUCUUCCAGCCUCCAGCAUUCAGGCCUGACCUCUUCAGAAUUCACCCAAGUCUGCUUCCCCUGCCUCCUUCCUUAAACAGCUAAUAACCAAAUUCAUGCCAUGGUGUCAGUGAUGACCCUGGCAUGGUAUUAUAAGCUCCAGUUUUAUUUAUAUAUGAAAAGAGGGUAAUUAGUUAAGAGGCCAAGUGGAUAAAUGGGAGAAUUUGAGGAAGCAUGUGGGAGGGGACAAGGUGGCACUGUCCUGGAAGCUGGCUACGGUGGGGCGGCUAUGUGUGUGGUAAAGUGAAGGAGCCUGGUGAAACUUGUUCUCGGGUGUUUGGGGCCAGGAUAAGAGCUGGAAUUUUGGACAGCUGUGUCCAAACUUCUGUGACAAAAUUCCGUGUAAAGGGAAUAAAUUUGACAAUGCUUGCUCUUUCUGAGGGAGCCUCGUGCAGCUCAGCAGGGUGGUUGAAACUAUGGGACCCUGAGUAGGCCAUGCCACUUCUCUGAGCCUCAUGUGACAAAGGAAGGUAAGAAUAGCCACCUCACAGUUAUCGAAGGGCUUGGGUCCAAAGUGCACCCUGUACCAGCCACAUAGCUCUAGGUCUUCCAAGCCUUUGACCCUCACCUGCCCACUGCCCAUGAAUGGAGCUCCCAAGUGUCCUGGGACCCACAUCCCCUCCUGUCUCACCCUUGCCUCUCAGGCUUUCUGAAAAUAAUCUUUUUAAACAGUGUCUGCCUUGGUUCCUUGGCAUCUGUGGUCCCUGUGUGAUGAGGCAGGGUGCACCACAGCUCCCUCUCUCCCCCACUGGGGAGGCUUUAACACUUAACUAGGAGAUGAAUCACCCAAGGUCAUCCUGUGAUGGACACAAAGGUCUGGGGGACAGCCACACAGGUGCCACAGGGAGGUCCAGGCAUUGGCUUCAGAGCUUCCAACCUCCAGGCCCAACCAACCCCAGGACCAGCUAACAGGAGGAUUUGGAGGGAACCCAGGUCUAGAGCUUGAAGCAGAGCAUAUUCAUUCACUAGCUCAACCUAAAUUUCCUCCUUCAAGGGUAGGUUCUAGGAAAUAAGGGGGAGAAUUGUCAGGAAAGUCUAUCUCCUUUGACAAACAACUCCAAAUCUCAUGAGCUCAACUCAAUGGCAGUGUUUCCUUCCCACAUAAAGUCAAAUCCAGCAUUCCUGUUCUGUAGGUAGCCUUCCAUGUGGUCAUCCUUCCAGGGCCCUCCUUCCUUAUCAUGGCUGCUGUGUUAGUCAGCUUUCUGUUGUUCUGACAAAAUAUCUGAGAAAAUGCACUUAAUAAAGGAAAAGGUUCGUUCUGGCUCAGCUUCAGAAGGUUUCAGUCCGUGGUUUCUGGGCUCUGUCACUUUGGGCCUCUGGUAGCACAGUACAUCACGGAAUAAGCAUGUGGCAGAGGAGCGCUAUGCUCCAUGUGGUGGCUGGGAAAGAGGGACACAGAGAAAGAAGGGAAGGGGCUGAGAUCCCAAUAUGCCCUUCAAGGAAACACCCCCUACAA